AGAAUACUACGAAAAAAGUUCAGCAGAAGGUAUUGCAUCAUGUUUGGAAAGAUGUGGCGGCGAGCUGAGCGGAUAUAUACCGCUGCUACCUGACCCCCUGACUACAACGGUCAAACGUUCUCUCGGGUGUCGGCUGAACCUGAACACCCUGGCUACUUCUACGAGUGAGGUUUCUGACUCUCCAUCUGUGUCCAUGGCAGAGUCCGUUGAAACAGCAUCCCUUGAGCCAGAUUCGACAACAGUAACGGAGUCGCACCUCGGAGACACCGCCAUGGCGCCCGUCAGCGAAUAUAAGGACAGUGAGAACUCUUCAUCAGAUGAAAACAAGUGUGAGGCGAUGGAGGAGAAAGCUGUAUGCCCGUUUUACCUCGAAGGGAAGUGCAGGUUCGGCGAGCAGUGCUUUAAUUUGCACCCAUCCGACGCAGUAACAGCAGUAAGUAGGCCUAAAACCAAGAAGAAUAAGAGAAAUGGAAAGAGGGUUCCUAAGGAAGAAACAGAUCGGUUUGUCAAGAAACCUUCCAUGAAGACCGCCGGCGAUGUAAGGCACAGAAUACAGUGGGAUGAAAAUCUCCACGAAGAGUACUUCACGGUGGGAUACAUGGAUCGAUUUUCUGGCGUUGUGGAGAAGCCGUUCACGUCGUUCCACUGGGAGCACCUUGCACUUGUGGACGACGACCAGCUGGCCAUCCCUCAGCACCGCAUCCAGUACUUCAAAUACAAAGGAACCAAAGUUUGGGACAAAAACGAGCGCCUUGAUCACGUGUUCGGCAGCGCAGGCAGCGGCGUCAGGAUCCAGGAAAAGAUAGAAGAGAUUGACGAGGAAUUAGAGAGGCGAGCGCGUGCCUUCAAUCCCGACGACGACGACGAUUCCGAUGACGACGAUUUGGUCCUGUUGGGAGGUGACGACGCGUUGGGCAGAGGCUUAGUGGCGGAUUACUGCGCUGCUGAGAAACCCAAAGUUGAGCUUCUCCGUGCCACACACUUCUUAUGUAUUAAAGUAAAAAACGAGGCAGUGAAGUCUAUGGCAGCAGAAGUACAAGAUCAUGUGAUACAGCAGGAACCCGUUCUUCGCAGCUGCGCCAUGCCGAAUGAGAUCUUACACGUCACUCUAGCAAUGGUCCGGUGUGACAGUCCAGAGGCUGUCCUAGAAGUCAGUAAAAUGCUCAGAGAUUUGAGACCAGAGAUUAAGGAUCUCGUAGGCAUGCUUGAUAGUGAUCCCCAACGCGCUCUAAAAGCUCGUGGAUUAAGUACUUUCGGCGCUCGAGUACUUUACGUGAAGCUGGACGUGCCAGCGGCCUUCACGUCGAUCAUCGAAAACCUCCACAGAACUCUUCAGCAAAUCGAGGGCGUCACCAUUACGAACCACUUCGACUUUGUCCCUCACAUGACGCUCCUGAAGGUGAAUCGUGUAAUUGCGCGAGAAAGGAGGUCUAAAUACUUAAAUUCUAUUCUGUAUAGUGAUUAUAUUGAUCAGGAUUUCGGAAUUAUAUCCCUUGAUAACAUCCACUUCUGUCUAAUUGAUGAUAUCAGAGGUCCAGAUAGUUUCUACGUUACAUGUAAGAAAAUUAAUUUCUAAGUUUAACUAAUAUGAAAAUGUCGUACAUCAUUUAUAGAAAAAAAUAUUUGUUAUUAAAUUAUACACUAUC